AUGAAGUCAAUGUCGCUUUAUGUGUUGCUAGCCUUUUGUAUGACUCUAGGAUGGGUCAUUUUGACCCUUGUCAAUGUCCUUCGUUCCCCUUUGAGACGAGUGCCUGGACCGUUUCUUGCACGGUUCACAAGACUAUGGCUUCUGAAGCAAGUUUACUUUGGGACAUACCCCAAGACCAGUAUCGAGCUCCAUAGGAAAUAUGUUAGACCAGGGCCCAUUGUACGCAUUGCACCGAACGAGUACAGCAUCGACGAUCCUGCGGCAGCGAAGAUAAUCUAUGGAAGUGGUCGAGGAUUCACAAAGUCUCCAUGGUAUUAUGCCAGCGGCAAUCCCAUCAACCCACUCCCCAACAUCUUCGCCGAACCGAAUCCGCAUAUCCAUGCCCAGGCUAGACGGAAGGUCGCAGCAGCUUACUCGAUGACCAACUUGGUCCAACUCGAGCCUUUCAUCGAUAAAUGCUCCGCUGUUCUUCGGGACCGAUUAGAAGAGUUUGCUCGGUCUGGUACCUCGGUGGAGAUAUCCCACUGGAUGCAGUGCUAUGCCUUCGACGUAAUAGGCAUGAUGACGCUCGGAAAGAGAUUUGGCUUCUUAGAUUCCGGCGAGGAUAUACAAGGAAUCAUGUCGUCUCUGAGCCAGUACCUGGUUUACUGCGCCAAUGUCGGAGUAUUCCCAGAGUGGCACAAGACUCUUUUUCGCAGGCAAAUGCGUUCAAAGACUGUAUCAGGUCUGACUCACGUCAGAGAGUUUGCCAAUGCUCAACUGGAAGAGAAGCGCGAGAAGGUCAAGGCAGAUGAUGUCCCCCAUCCCAAUGUAGCAGAGGACUUUAUCACCAAGUUCCUACGCGUCCAAGCGCAGGAUUCAGCCAAGAUCACCAACGCUGACAUUAGUUCAGUAUGUACGAUGAAUAUUGGCGCUGGUUCUGACACAACAUCUAUCAGUUUGACUUCAAUCAUCUUCAACUUGAUCAAGCACCCGAGAGUUCUUGAACGACUCCGUGCUGAGAUCAAAGAGCACGAGAGUCAAGGUACAAUAUCGGAUCCAAUAAAAUUCGUCGAAGCCAACCAGCUUCCCUAUCUACAAGCAGUCAUCAAAGAAGGUCUACGAAUGCAUCCUGCCACUGGACUCAGUCUGGGCCGGGUCGUUCCAUCAGACGGUGCGACUUUGGCAGGACAAUGUUUCCCUCCAGGGACUGUCGUUGGCAUCAAUGCUUGGGUAGCCCACGCCAACACCAAGGUAUUUGGUCAUGAUGCCCACGUAUUCCGGCCCGAAAGGUGGCUCGAUUACCCAGAACUGGUCAAAGAACGCGAAGCGUAUUUCAUGACAUCUAACUCUUUACUUCAAAGUUCGGUCAAGGCUCUCGUACCUGUCUGGGCAAGAACAUCAGCCUAA